AGUUUGACAGCUUCAGGAAAAACACCAACACGCACACACCGAACUUUUACACGGCGCACACAUUUCACACACUCUCACUUGAGUUCAGGACGUCGGCGGUUCCUCGUCCAUUGCUGAUAGUGGGAAGGAAAACGGCGUCUGAAACUCGUCACAAGGCAAAAUCAACGUGCCGCACGGGAAACUAUGACGGCCGGUGGUUGUUUAUAAAAAAAAAAAAAACGAGAAGGAAAAGGACGGGCCGCCGAGGGAAAGAGCCGAAGAAUUCGAGUCGCGAUCCCCGUCCGCAGUUCUCUUAUUUGCAGGUUGCUAGCGGAGUUAGCCACCUAGCCGCGGCUAGCUGGCCGCGAGUCUCCCAACUUUUCACCGUCGUCCACGCUCGCGGCCUCAAUCCGGGCAAAAUGUGCUGUUUUUCGGGACGUGUAUCCCCUUGGCCGGCGGCGAGCAUCGGCUGACAACUUCUCCGUGUGCGUGUUUUUUUUUUUUUCGACUGCACUUUUUGGGCCUGUAAUUUGUCAAAAACUGGACUUUGCUCUUCGGCUAUUGUAGCAUAACCCCUUAAAAAAGGCCUCCAUAGAUUCUCCCACUCGGAGUAUUUCAAAACAGUUUUUUUUGCUUUUUUUUUGUUUUGUUCAUUUUUUUAAAUUUGUUUUUCUGUGUGGAAAAUGGAUGCGGGCAUAGAGAAGGAAUGCAGCGCCUUGGGAGGUCUUUUCCAGCUCAUCAUGAACGACAUGAAGGCCAGUUAUCCCACAUGGGAGGACUUUGUCACCAAGGGCGUCAAACUUCAGUCGCAGCUCAGGACCACCAUCCUGGUGACGGGUGCCUUCCUGGAUGCCUUUCAGAAGGUAGCAGACAUGGCGAUGGGCUCUCGAGGUGCUACCAAGGAGAUUGGCUCGGCCCUGACCAGGAUGUGUAUGAGACACCGCAGCAUCGAGUCCAAACUUAAACUCUUCACUACGGCUCUCUCAGAAAGUCUCGUCACGCCGUUAGAGUUGAAGAUGGAGGAGUGGAGAAAAGCCGCCAGUCAACUGGACAAAGAUCAUGCAAAAGAAUAUAAAAAGGCACGAGCAGACAUCAAGAAGAAGUCAUCCGAUACCGUCAAGCUGCAGAAGAAGGUGAAGAAAGGAAAGGACGAGGCGCGGGGCCAGCUGGACAGCGCGCUGCAGGACGUCAACGUGCGCUACGCCGUCCUGGAGGAGACGGAGAAGAGGGCCGUGUGCAGAGCGCUCAUAGAGGAGAGGGCCCGCUACUGCACCUUCGUCACAAUGCUGAAGCCAGUGCUGGACCACGAGAUCAACAUGCUUGGCGAAGUAACCCACCUGCAGACCAUCCUGGAGGAUCUCACCACGCUCACUGCAGAGCCCAAUAAACUGCCACCGGCCAGUGAGCAGGUGAUUUUGGACCUCAAAGGUUCUGAAUUCAGCUACACCUACCAGACGCCUCCAGCCUCUCCCAGCAACACGAUGUCCAGGAAGAGCAGCGUUAGCAGCUAUCAAUCUGGAUCAGUGCGCCACGUCCCUUCCCUGGACUCCAUCAGUUGUGCUGUGGAUGGAGUGCACAUCCAGCAGCGCUCCUCGCAGCAUCUUCUGAUCGGCUGCGGCGAAAGCGGCCGCUCCCUCAGCGAAGGGAGCACCCCGUCCGGCUCGGGCGGCCGGCAGGGUCGGCGCGGUCGCUACGGUUACGCCGCUGGUCCCGGGCGACGCCUCGCGCCGGGCCGCCGCGUCAGCCGGCGGGAUACGACCACCGAUGCAGUGGGCUCCGUCCACCAGCCGACUCGUGUGGGCGCGGGAGGCGAGAACGGCUUCAUGGCACCCCCGCCGGGCGCCUACACGCACGGCGAGAGGGUCCGCGCCAUGUCUGCAUCUGGAAAGUCUUGUUCCGCCCGGGACCAGCUGGCCUUGACUCUGGGCACGUUGACGUCGGACGCGCCGCGCAGCAGCCGCGACUCGCUGCACUGCUCCAGCGGCUACAGCACGCAGACCACCACGCCGUCCUGCUCCGAGGACACCAUCCACACGCACGCUAUAAAGAGAGAGCCUCCCCUCUAUGUUGACUACGAGACGAUUUCCCUCCACGGGGACAGCGACUCCAUCUCUCUGCACCAGCUGUCGCACGGCGGCGGUGGCCAGCCGGACUUUGACAAGUCCUCCACCAUCCCGAGGAACUCGGACCUGGGCUUCCAGUACCGGAAGUUUGCGCAGUCCAAGCGCCCCGCCUCCACCGUCAGCUUGCUGGCCGAAACGGAGCUGACGGGCGGCUCGCACACGGCCACCAUCCGGCGCAAGCCGUCCACCAAACCGGCGUACCGCAGGGGCACCAUCAGCGGCGGGGUGCCCAUCCCCAUCUGCACGCCGCAGGUCCCCGCGGGGGCCAUGACCCCGGGGUGCGACGAGAACGCCUUCGUCGCGCCGUCCGGGGGGGGCUUCGGUUACAAUAAACUCUACUCGUCCACGCAGAGCCUCAGCGCCCUGCCCCCCUCCUCCACCUCACCCUCAUCCUCGUACUCGCCGUAUUACCAGCUGGUUCCCGGUCAGAUGCCCAUCCCGGUGCCCGUCCCCACUGUUCCACCAGAGGGCGGCGUUGGCAAGCAGCAGCAGCAGCGACUGCAACCGCUGAACCACCAGUUGCAAAUGCAGCAGUUUCAACACGAGCAGCAGUUCCAGAAACAGAACUGGCUUCACGACCACAUCCAGAACCAGAACCAGAUCCAAGCCCAGAUCCAGAACCAGCAGCACAAACCGAAGCUCUUCCACCAGCAGAGAGGCCAGCUCCAGGCGUCCAACGCCCAGCAGGAGGACUCAAUCGUUGGCUACCUGGAUGAGGAGCUGCCCCCUCCGCCCUCUAACCUUGACCAGGACCAGGACCAGGACCAAGACCAGGACCAGGACGUCCUGAUGCAAGGGAGAGGGGACAGGGACAUGCUGAAGCUGAUCAGGAGCGUCACGCUCAAAAGGACCCUCACCAACGAUCGCUCGGCCCCCCUGCUGCCCCCACCAGCCAAUCACAAUUGAGACCACAUCAGUUGUUGUUUUUUCUUCUUUUUUUUUUGCUGAGUGUUGUGCACGUUUUCCCGUUUUCAAACCUUUUUGCCUUUUGUUCGGAUUGCCGCUUCGGAUUUUUUUUUAUCGUUGAGACUCGUGAGCCUUUUUAGUAAAUUUCCACGAGGGGGUUAAGCUGCCAAAUGGAGCUCCCCUCACAGCACCUAAACGGUUGAAUUAUGUGAUUUACAAGUCCGCCUUCGAUUCUCCAGAUUCCUGAUUCAUUCGCUUCAAUCACUUAGUAAGGAGUCACUUCCUGUUUCCAGAUGAUUCCCGGACAGGAAGUUGAUUUGCUUGGGUGCGCUCGAUGAGCUUUUCCCCAGACUCCUGACCUUUUGGGGGGGGCUUUGGUAAUUCACCGUAAAGUAUGACGCUUUUUUUUUUUUUUUUUUUCCUGAUGAUGAUUAUGACUAGAAUUAAAACGUUGACUGAAGGUGAGGAGUGCGAACAAGUUGGAGGAUGAAAAGCUGAGUCAGCAGUCUUAGGACGGAAACGAAUCCUCAUAGCUGAGCUGUUUAUUUUUUUUUUUUUUAAGCGUAGUUUUUAUUUGUUGAUGACAUAGCGGGACUAUGAGGAGGUGUUGCCGUUGCUUUACUCAGUUAGGCCACAUCGUGGCGCUCUUGGCUUCCGGGAUGUAGUUGAGGGUUUUGGGGUUUUUUUUCCAGUUCGUUUUUUCAAAUUAAUGCAAAUAUUAUAGAUGUAAAAGUUUAGCUGGAUACGCUCAUUUGCAACAUUUUUAGUAUGGAAAAAGGACAAAUGUCACGUUUAUUUUGUGCCUCUUUUACGCUUUGCAGGUUUGGCGGACCGACUCGAAAGACUCUCUUGGACGUUUUUCAAUUUUUUUUAGUUUCUGAGCGGCCCAGGUUACCACGGUAACAGCUUCGCUGGCUUUCACUCUUGCGCUGUCUGGUUGUACAUAUUCCUGAUCAAAAUGUCUGCACACACACGUUUGUAUUUUUCUUGCAUAAGUCUCGUCAGAUAUGUGACGCCAGCGUCUUAUUUUUCUAGAAAAUCCUUCUAAGCGCGUCGGAAACGUCUCGGCGAGGGCGCAAACCAACGGAAUGUACUUGGAUUUCUUUUCGUAGUUGUAACACGCCGUCACGCCCUUCGCGUGUCGAAUCAUCGGCGGCGUCAUAAUUAUAUCGACAGUGCUCGUCAAAUAGCGGUCGCUUGCUGUGUUCUUUCAAAAUUUCUGGAGGUGUUCAUUUGUCAAGAUUUGUAGUUUGGAGAAUCAUAUUCCUCAAGCGAUUGUUUGUGUGUUUGCCAUCGAAAAGAAGUUCAACUUGACGUCUGCGUCCGUGCAGAAACCGCGCGAUGCGGAAACGGGAGGGAGGUCGGAAUAUUCCGGAGAGAGAGUGUCCUCCCCGGGGGAAAAAAUGAGUCAAAUAAAACGAUAAUACCGUCAAAAAAAAUAAAUAAAAUUCAGUACAGUGCAAGAAAAUUAAUUGUCCAUUGGUGAUGUGGGUAAAUUCUGACCCUUUUGAAAAUGAAAUAUCAGGAAAAGGAAAACUCAUGUGAAACAAAAUGUGGAUCAGAAUUUUUUUGGCUUGCCGCAUUUUAUUUUUAUGAUAUAUUUUAAUACCACUGCAUAUUUAAUAUGACAAAACAAAGGUAGAAAAAAAUUGUACAAUGUUUGAAAAAAGGAUUGUGAAAAAAGGACAUUAAGGUGAGAGAGAGAGAGAGAGAGAGGAAAAAAUUAGUCAAAUAAAAUAAUACUUUUAAAAAAUAAAUAAAAUUCAAUACAGUGCAAGAAAACCAAUUGUCCGUUGAUGAUGUGGGUGAAUUACGACCAUUUUGAAAAUGAAAUAUUGAGAAAAAGAUAAAUUAAUAUGGUACAAAAUUUGGAUCAAAUUUCUUUGGCUCCCCGUAUUUUAUUUUUAUUAUGUAUUUUAAGGCCACUGCAUAUUAAAUGUGACAAAACAAAGGUAGAACAAAUUUUACAAAGUUUGAGAAAUAGAUUGUGAAAACAGACUCAAAUUAAAACAGACAGUAAUUACAUUAAGAAGAGAGAGAGAGAGAGCGAGAGUGUGUCCUCCCUGGGGAAAAAAUGAGUCAAAUAAAAUGAUAAUACUUUUAAAAAAAUAAAUCAAAUUCAGUGCAGUGCAAGGAAACCAAUUGUCCGUUGAUGAUGUGGGUGAAUUACGACCAUUUUGAAAAUGAAACAUCGAGAAAAAGAAAAAUUAAUAUGGUACAAAAUUUGGAUCAAAUUUCUUUGGCUCGCCGUAUUUUAUUUUUAUUAUAUAUUUUAAUGCCACUGUAUAUUUAAUGUGACAAAACAUAGGUAGAACAAAUUGGAUACAAUGUUUGAAAAGACAUUGUGAAAAGAGGCAUUAAGAAUAUUUCGUGAGCGGAUACCCUGCCCUCAUUAAUGGUACACUAUAGAAAAUAAUUACAAUCAUAAAAAUAAUACAAAGAAAGAGAUGAAAUAAGGGAGGAGCCUUCAUGUGGGUUGAAUUGACUUGGUGUGUGUGUUUUUAUAUAAAAAAUUUUGAAACAAAAGGAUUUUCCAACAUGGAAAAAGGAUUUUCCAA